CGGAAGGUUCACCAGCGGUGUGUGACGUCAGCACGCUUGACCCGGAGGGGGAGUCUCGCGCCUGCGCCGUCCCGCACUGAGUGAGAGAGGACAGGCAGACGGACGGAUGCCGGGAGGGCCGGAGCCGCGGGUCCGCCCGAAGCGGGGUGCAGGAGGAGACGGGGUGGCAAAGGAAGAAGAGGCACCGGUGGGAGGCUCCUCCCGCAGACGGAAAGCAGAAUGCCCGCGGAGGAGGCGGAGCCGCCGGGAACUGCCUGGGGAGGAGGAGGAGCUAAUGCAUGGGGGCAAAGACAGGUGAAUGACGUCACGAAGCAGGGAGUGGGCCAGGUGAAGGCGAACUGAGCUUCAACCUGACCGUCCCCAGUGUGCAGGGUGGGCGUGUCCUGGCAGGGUGGGUGUGGGAUUUUAAGUUGCAGUAGGAGGGGCUUUUUAUUUGCAUAUGGCAGACUCAGUGUAAUCAUUGGAGUGCACAGAGUGGGUUAGUGACCAGGUAGGUAACUUGCCUGUUAAUAGCAUUAUUGCAGUACCCAGGUAUGGGGCAGGAAGUGCUAGGAGUAUAAUCUGCAUAAUGGUGGCUGACAAUUGAGGUGGGGGGGUUAUUUGUUAAGUGACUCAGCCUGUUUUCAGGAGUCCACCAGUGGUCCUCAUGAAUAAAUGUUAAAGUGGGAAUGUGAGGUUGUAGAUUCCAUAGAACUUGUGUAUGCAGAAAUUCGAAUUUUGCUACCUGCUUGAAUUGUCUCAAGUGAAAUAUUAAAGAUUUGCAUAUGCCUCGUUUAUGUUUAAUGUAAAUGAUGUGAGUUCUAUUGCGUUUCCAAAACGUUCUUUAGAGAACCAAAAUAGUUGUAGACAUUUACAGUUGUUUUUUUUUUUUGAAGGUCAUGAUUUCGGAAUUUCUUUAGUCUAUUUAAAAAAAAAAAAAAGUCUUAAAGUGUGGGUAUGUGGAUAUUUUUUGUAAUCAUUAAUAUUCUAUCCCGAAUCACUGUACUUUCUUUGCAUUUUCAGCUUCAUGGAGGGAGAUAUGGUGGCAGAUAAAGGUAGGAUUAUUAUUUUUGUCUUUCUUGUAGGCCUGACUUGACACUGGUUAUCCAUUCUGAGUGUCUUGGCAAAAGCAAUAUUAAAUUAAAAGCGUCAUAUCAUCAGGAUAUGACAUAUACUUCCCCUUUUAACAGAUAUUAAAAGCAUACUGUUACUUCCAAAACAAUGUUAGCUUAAUGAAGCAGUUUGGGUGUAUAGAUUAUACUCUUGCAGCAUCACUGCUCAAUUCUCGGCCAUUUGAGUAAAAUCACGUUUUUCUCUGUUUAUGCAGACCUAUUCACACCUCCCAUGGCUUGCAUGAAAAAAAUGGUUUCAGUUUCAAUCCGCAGUGUUUUCACUUUAGAAGUUUGUAAUCUCAUGCUCUGUUUUUUGAACAGAGCAGAGAAGAAAUUUUAAAUUAAACAGACUGUGCAAUAAAGACACUUGAACAUUGAUUUCUAUAGCUAUUUACAGUGAAUUUGUAAGGAGACUGUGUUGUCACAUGCAGGAGAUGUGUGACUAGGGCUGCAUAAACAAAGUGAUUUAACUCCUGAAUGGCAGAGAAUUGAGCAGCUAGACUCUAGGACAGGAAUAGUCAACCUUUGGCACUCCAGAUGUUGAGGACUACAUCCCCCAUAAUGCUCUUACACCCAUAAUGCUGGCAAAGCAUCAUGGGAGGAGUAGUGCAAAACAUCUGGCCUAUGCCUGCUCUAGGGGAUUGAUCUAUACAACAAAAAACACUUUAUUAAGCUAAAGUUUGGUGCUUAUAGUGUCCCUUUUAAAGGGACACUAUAGUCACCAGAACUACAGCUUAUUGAAUUUGUUCUGGUGAGUAGAAUCAUUACCUUCAAGCUUUUUGCUGUAUACAUUGUAUUUUCAGAGAAAAUGCAGUGUUUACAUUACAGCCUAGUGAUAACUUCACUGGCCACUCCCUAGAUGGCUGUUAGAGAUCCUUCCUGGGUCAUGGCUGCCUAAAAUGCCUCCAAACAUUCAGUAUUUCCUCCCUCAGCAUGCAGACAUUGAACUUUCCUCAUAGAGAUUCAUUGAUUAAAUUCAUCUCUAUGAGGAGAUGCUGAUUGACCAGGGCUGUGUUUGAAUUGUGCUGGCUCUGCCCCUGAUCUGCCUCUUUGUCAGUCUCAGCCAAUCCUAUGGGGAAACAUUGUGAUUGGAUCUGGAUGUCAGUGGGUAGGUCUGAAGGAAAUAGGAACAAAAAAUGCAGCUGCAGACUUGAAUACAAGUAAGUUUUACUAUUUUUAGGGAGGCAUGAGAGGGGGCAGGGGAGCUAGAUGGUGGUUUUAUCCCUAUAGGGUCAGGAAUACAUGUUUGUGCUCCUUUAAAUACCCUAGUGUAAUCCCUACGGUUGCAGGUUUAGUGUAUAACUCUGCAAGCCUUUAAAGAGGAACUGGUACUUCCUCACUCUUGGCACAAACAAAUGGCUAACUAAAAGUUAACUAUUGGUUGUGCUAAAUGUUUUUUUAAAUUCUUUUUGUUACAAUUUUGCUUACGAACUUAGCUGAGCAAAGUCAUUAAAUUGGCUAACUCUUGCAAUUGCCUGCUGGAGAAAAUGUCAUGCCCAUGCACAGAAUUUCUCCAUUCGGUGACUGCUCUCUUCCAAGGCAUCAAGCACAGAAGUGCAGCAGAGGUAAGUUAUUUGCUUCUUUUGGGAUUUUGUUUUUUUCCCUUACCUCUGCUGCACAGUUCACCCCAAUAAACACUGUAAUAGCAUUUACUGGGGUCAAGGAACUGUCAAUUAUGUGGAAGUGACAGUUCUUCUUCAAUUAAACUUAAGUGCCCUUUUCUUGGUUUUUAAUCUUUUUAGAACUUGACACUUUUUUUCUAUUUAAUCAGGCCAACAUAAUCAAACCGGGUUAUUCACUAAACUUCAAGCACUUAACUCCACAAUCUGUAGAAUUAAAACCAGCAUGUUAAUAUUUAGUCUAAACUAGUCAAGCUGCGUAUGUAGCUGAGUUGAAGUUUUCCAGAUCAGCCAUUUAUUUUUUUCUCACCUAAAUUUUGACACUUGGAUUUUAAUUUAGAUACAAUUCUGAGUUUAGUGAAUAUUCCUAAGUCAUUAAACAUUAUCGACUGUGCAUAUGAAGAAUCAUUCCAAUGUGUUGCCACUCUUAUUUUCUUAGCCAUUUUAGCACCAAAGCGGGAAGUGGAGGAAGAUGAAGUAGUGAUACAAGAUAUAGAACCUACAAUAUUGAUCCAGGAUCAUCCACUGGAAGUAGUAGAGAGCCAUGCUAUAGUGAGGGAAGGAGUCCUACGCAGCUCGCGAACUAGUCAGACCCAAACCCUGCAACUCAUUUGCAAAUCUGAACCUGAUCAACAUCAGCUUGUGUAUGGUAAGAAAAAUAAACUUGGCAGUACAUGGAAAAUGGUGAAUCACAUACUUGCAAUUUAUGUCUGAUACAUGUAUCUAUUGGGUACCUGAAGUUAAAAUAAUUGGUUGGUUACAUAGUUGUAUGAGCAAAAAUAAAGCUGUGGGAUGUAUAACUUUUUUUUAUUUAUUUUUUAUUUAUUUAUUUUUUAAACCAGCUAAAGCUGUUAAAUAUUUGGACCUGAGAGUACCAUGUUGGCUGGUUUUUGAAAUUUGCUUUGAGCAGGUGGAAUAUUUUGUGAAAAGCUACUUUUUAAAAUGCCGUUGAUUAAAUAUUGGUCUUUUUUGUUUUUCUUGUUUCCUUUUAUGGAAUAUAACACAAGAUUUAUUAUGUCUAGUUAAUAGUCUUUUCUAGAGUGGCUUUUGGGCUGACCAACCAGAUGUGAAACGCUUACAUAACUGUGGUGCAUAAUAAAUCUGAAAGUACACGUGUGUCUAAAACAUAUAUCUAAAUAAAUAUAUACACACACUCAAAAUUGCAAGUCCCACAUUAUUUGUCACUGCAAGCCUGCAGGAUCCAUGGCACACUCACCAAAGUGAAUCUCUUCGCUUGGGAGUAGGGUCAUUUACAGUGUUUUUCACUAAAGUGAGAAUUCAAAGUGAAAUUAAAACUUAGAACCAUGGCUUCUGACUGAAAACAUAGCUGACGUAGAGAUUUAUUUUCAGUCCAGCUAUUUUGAUCUUGACUUCGAAAUUCACUUUGAAUAACCCUGUAAAUAUAGACAUUGUACCAUACAUUGCCAUUAGGCAUUUAUGCACUUUUGUCUUUUUAAACCUGUUGAUCGGCAUGGCAUUCAUAAUGUUUUGCUUACAAAAAUAAAUACACAUUGCUAUCAUUGUGAAAUACUGCUAUGGAAAAAUUCAGCCACUAAUGAAUGAAAAAUGACGUUCACGUUGUAUAAUGAUAUACAGAUUUUUUUUUUGAUUUUUUACUUACUAUUUAGAAUCAUGUACAUUUUGAAGGGUGGUCACAUAAUAUUGGAAUUCUGUCUUUUUGUUAAAUGUUGAGCCUUGUCAGAUAGUUGAAACAUUAUAAUACAGUGGCUGCAUGCAAGAAAAAGGUGUAAAACAAACAAUACUAGGAUUCACUGUUAUACUUGCCAAAUUAAAUACUUAAAUGUGCUAGACAAGACACAACAAAUUCACGGUGAAAAAGUAAUGUGACCUGGAAUUUUGAAUUAGUCUUCCUGUUGGUCAGGAGAGACGAGAUCUGCUUAUUGCCUCCAUUUACUGCCAGGGAGUAGAUUGUCUAUGCAUGAUGCAGUAGUAUAGUACACUUUCCCAGUUCUCUCUGCACUCUCAUACAGCAUAAUGACUCACUGCGCCAGAAAGAAGCGAUAUAUGUUACACCAUGUUAUGCAAUAUUUGAAAAGAAUGAAAGGGUAGCUGGGAAGGCCUUAUUUGCUACAACAUCAUACAGAGACUGCUUUCUAAAACGAGGGAAAGUGCUACUGACCUCUCAACUCCUCUCCUUCCUCACCAUUGACACAGGCAAGCCACAGAGUGGAGGAGAAGCACAGUAUGCAAACUGGCGAGUGUUAAAUAACCACUCAAAGUGCGAGAUAUUUAAAUGUUAACGAUUUGGUACUAGACUACCUUUUAUAUUUCCACUAAGGGACAUUUUAUGGUAGCCUCACCAGGUGUUCUAGAUCUGAAAAGAAUUAAACAUUUCUUAGCUACCCUAGGAAAGAAAUUAACAAACCUUUGGUGACAGAUUGUCACGGAGGCCUAGAAAUGGGACCUGGAACUUAGAAUUUGUGUUUUCUUAAAAGGACACUGGAGUCAUCCAAACCACAACUUUUAAUGCAGUGAUCCUGGUGUCUAUAGCCUGUCCAUUAGGCUUUUUAAUGUACACACUGCCUUUUUGAGAGAAAAAAAAAUCUUGCUACUUAGGAACACCUUUGCUAAACGUUGCCCAUACACAUGCAUUGAUUCAAUGCACCUCCAUGUGGAGAUGCUGAUUGGCGCAUCGCUUUUUGCCGCACGUACUCAAUAGCCUCACAAUGCUUUCUUAUGGGCUGAGAAUUGCAACAUUGCAAAGCAGUCUGAGGGGGUCGUAAAGCGAAGUAGUUAGUAUAGUGUUCCUUUUAAUCUCUUCUGACAAAUGGUAAGUCUGCUUACAAGGGCAUAAACUGUUCAUGCAUAAUGCAAUAACAUAUACAGUUUUCCCUUGUGUUAAACAAUAGAGCUCUACUUUAUUUUCAGCAGGUGCAGGGAGAGAAACUGUUUAGUAUUGCAGCUGCUAUAAUUUGUAAUGGAUUUUAGCUAGAAUCACAAUUGUGGUAUUGAGUCUGCUAAAUUGUGUGGAUUUGUGUCUAGUUUGGGUGUGUCUGCAUGGUUUUCAUUGAGGAUUAAUAUUAGUUGUGGGUAUGAUGCCAGGAGGACCCUGGCACAGUUCCCCACUAAUGGGGCAAACCAUUUAAGACUUGUUUGCCCUCUUACCUGGGUCUGGGCUCCAGGGCUCCUCUCCUUUGUGGUUAUGCUUUUCUGCUUUCUACAAAGGUGUAGUCAAUGAAUUGCAAACAAGAGCUAGUGACACCCCUAGGAUGCUGCUGGAGGUGGAGUUAUACCUUUGGCAGCAGAUGGGUAAAUUUCAUACGUGUGCAGCAUUUCUUAUUCAAAUGCUGUGAAUACAAACUCCAGGCACCAUGACCACUUCAAAACGCUCAAGUGUUCAUGGUGUUUGGAGUACCUCUUAAAUUGCUAAAAAAAAAAUUAUUUAACACCGAAUGGAGGAACAUCACCAGGUAACUCAAGGCACUAUAAUCAAUUCCGAAACGGCAGGUUAUAGUACCUAGAGCAUCUUCUUAAAGUACUGUAUGCAGCAUCACUUUUAGUGACUCUUGUUGAAUUAAUACUCUAAGUGCUAAAACCAUCACAUCUUAAUGUAGAAGUUUUUCGUGCAUAUAUGCUUGUGGUUUUUAUCUGGCAAUGUAAAACAUUGUUGACAACUGUUUACAUUUAUCAGAGAACAUGCCUCUAGUAGCUGUUAGACAGAUAAUGAUCUCAUAAGGAUUCAGUUCUUCACUGAGAAGCAUCUGAUUGACAAAUGUGGCUAUUGCUGUGCCUGUACCACAAGAGCCCAGGCCUUCCCUAGGAGUAGCAUUUGAUUGGACAGAGAUCAUUAAAGUAACACUAGUCACCAGAACUACAGCUUAUUGUAUUUGUUCUGUGAGUAGUAUAAUCCAUCACUUCAGGCUUUUUUUGCUGUAAACACUGUUUUCAGAGAAAAGGCAGUGUUUACAUUGCAGCCUAUGGAUACCUCCAGUGGCCAUUCCAAAGAUGGCUACUAGCAGUGCUUCCUGUGCAGCACUGCCAUUCAGUGUCUCCAACCUCUGCAUGGAGAUACAGAACUUUCCUCAUAGAGCUGCAUUGAUUCAAUGUGUUUGGCUUGUGCUGGCUCUGCCCAUGAUUUUUCUCCUUGAUAGUCUGUCAAUCCAUUGUUUUCCUAUGUGAAAACAUUGUGAUUGGCUCAGAUCAACACUACAAUUUUUGUCCACCAAGGAGGCAGAUCAAUAAACUGUGACUGUGAUACAAAGGAACACUCUUAGGUUAAAGGGACUCUCCAGUGCCAGGAAAACAGUUUUCCUGGCGCUGCAGGUCCCCUCUCCCUCCAGCCCCCCCAUCCCAAAUUGCUGAAGGGGUUAAAACCCCUUCAGUGACUUACCUGUAUCCAGCGCUCCUCUUCCCCUCCCCCCCACCCCCCGACGUCAUCUGACGGGGGCGACCUAUUGCGCAUGCUUUCCCACCGACUGGGGCGACCUAAUGCGCAUGCACGGCACUGCCACGCUCGCGCAGUAGACCUCCCCAUGGUAAAAGCAUUGAAAAAUGCUUUCCUAUGGGGAUUUCAGCGACGCUGGAGGUCCUCACAUAGUGUGAGGACGUCCAGCGAUGCUAUAGCACACGGAAGUGCCCUCUAGUAGCUGUCUAGUAGACAGCCACUAGAGGAGGACUUAACCCUGCAAGGUAAAUAUUGCAGUUUAUGAAAACUGCAAUAAUUACAGUUGCAGGGUUAAGGGUAGUGGGAGUUUGCACCCAGACCACUCCAAUGGGCAGAAGUGGUCAGGGUGCCUGGUGUGUCCCUUUAAAGAUAGAGUAUCUCUAGUGUCAUAAUGCUCAUAAAGACAUGCUAUUAUAGGAUAAAUAUAAAAUAAAAAAAAAAAUAAAAAAGGUUAAUAAAAUGUGAGUCCGCUUUAUCCUAUGUAAACAAAGAUAUUACUUCAGAGAUUGGACCUUACUGAUGCCACCAUCUUCUCCAGAUCCUGGUGCCAUUUGAAGCCCACGUCACCACUACUUGCUCAAGAUGUAAUGCAUUACACCUAGUGCAAUUCGGACAAGGGCAUAAAAAGCAUUAACCAUUUCCAAGUUUGUGAAUACAUUCAUAAUACUGCUUUGCUUGCACAGAUGCUUUCCAUAGAAAAGUGUAGAACUCGAGCGUAUAUACAAUUAAAAUAUCUGUUGAUGUCUUGAGUGUUGUAUAUGUUUAUAUGAUGAGAGCAUUGAUUGUCUGGACAUAAAUUGAGCCAAUUGUUGCUACUGUGAGUAGCAGAUAGGAAAAGAUUGCAAAGUGUAAAUAAUGUUGUGCGUAAUCUGUAUAAUGCAUUAAAACAAGAAUCUGCGAAUUCCAGGAUAGUCUCUCUAAAUUAUGCUUGAUGAAAGCGGUAAAAGAUCAUGGUAGUGUCGUGGAUGACGUCUAUUUUUAUUUUAUUAAAUUACCAUUAAAGUUACCCAGACUAAUCUCAAUAAAGUGUUCUUGUGGCAGUGGUUGUAGCGGACCACGGAUAACUAGACUGGUUACCUCCGCUAUAGCUUUCCGGCAGCCACUCUGGAACCAUCAGCACAAGUAAAUACCCAUUCCCCCAGCUAGCAGACGAAACAUAAUCCUGGGAGUCAGUUGGGGUUUAUUGGAACACACAUGGCUUUUAUGCACAGACCCCUAGAUGGGUUCUCCCAUACAGUAAUACAAGGCUUUUCCUCCCAGGAUCCUUUACAGAAAAAUAUACAAUAUUCUGAGAUAUCCGAGCUAACAAUCCAAAUUCCUCUUUGAAGCUGGGACCCCAACCGAGCCACUCUGCCAUGUGUGUGAAGUCACACACUCGUGGCCUGGAAGUCUUCAGUAUGAACUAACUCUCUCACUUGCUAUAUGUCCUGAUUUCCUUCUAGAUAAGGUGUCCUUUGAUAUGAAUAGUCAUCAGCUCUCAAGAAAACCCCCUGUGCUCCAGUAUCAUAUCCAAAAGAGACACUAACACUUACCCACAGAUUAACCCCUUAAGGACCAAACUUCUGCAAUAAAAGGGAAUCAUGACAUGUCACACAUGUCAUGUGUCCUUAAGGGGUUAAUAACUAAGCCUCAUUUCUAUUACAUUCAGAAUGGCACAAGCACAAACUUCUAAUCAAGCCCAAACAUAAUUUGCGAACAAGGGGAAAAAGCAUAUGAAUGAGUGGUAGAUCUGCCACACAGCUCCCCCUUAACCACAAGCCCGCAUACACAAUAUAAUCCCGACGGAUCGGUUUGGGGAUGUCCGGGGAAGUACUUACAGAUCAUUUUUCCAGUCCUAUCUGUCGUGAUAACCCGUCGGCAAUCCCAUUUUGCUUACCGGGUCUAUAAUGAAUGGAAAAGUCGUAUGGUUGUAGGGCCAGGCUCCACCUGGCAUUGUCUCCAGCUACCCGGUUAAGCCAUACCAAUGGGUUGUGAUCGGUGAGUAAAGUAAACUUUUGUCUAUAAAUGUAUGGCUGUAGCUUUUUGAGGGCUCAUGUGGGCAUGGUACUCAGUGAUAGCGUUCCGUCACAGUGGUCUUGUAAUUUUAAUCCCGCAAUGUAAAACAUUAGUGUGGUGUUUUUUUUUUUUGUUUGUUUGUUUUAGAAACCCCUCUAGUUGCUGUCAGUAUGCGUAAAACUUGGUCAUGUGACAUAAAAGCCCCGUGGAAGCAUCGAUUUUAAAUUUUGAUUAUGGGCAUUAGGUCCCUAAUUAUCUUCAUGCUUCCUCUGUGACGUUGCGGGAGGCUGAAAGGUAAGACGCGCCAAGGGAACCUCCGUGCUGGAAAAUGGAAAGUAAAACUUUUUAUACAUUUUUGUAUAAAGGUUGGUUAGACCUGAAUGCAAGUAGAGUCAUGGGCACUAUAGUGUUGGGAAUACAAAUGUGUAUUCUUAAUGCUAUAAUGUUCCUUUAAAUACACCUCCUAAUUGGAGUCUUCCACCUCCAUAACAGAGUAAAACUCGAUUCUACAAUCAAAUGGCAGCAUUUGAUUGGAGGAGUUCAGUGUUGGGCCGCAUAUGCAUAUUGCCAAUCCAGUACUUCUCUAUGAGAAGGAUUUAAAUGAGUUUGCAGAAGGUGUCAACAGGCAUGUUGACUUCUUUGGAUGCGGAGCAGGUGGCUGCAGCAGAGGAGUCUCUACUUUGGAAACAAGGUAAGUAAUCUUUCAUUUUAGCAGUAAAUGGGGAUGGACAGUGAUCACAGCGUUGGAUGGGACCUAAGUCAUUUGGCACACUUGUUUCUGUACAUAUAUGAAAGGGAGAAACCAUGGUUAGUUGUACAUGGAAAAUUCUCAAGUUUAACAAAAUUGUGAAGUAGAGUACCUCAUGUCUUUGUUCCACUUCACUUUAACAAUUUUACAGGGGGAAGAGUUAAAAGUAACUUGCCUGUAUUUGCAUAUGAAAAGACAUCCUGUUCACGCUAGGCUGUACUUAUUUUUUUUUUUUUUUUACUUCUCUAAAAAGGAAUCUGAGGACUAGUAUGACAAUUGGCAGAAAGGUGUCAGUAUAAAUUGUAUAGUGGCUGGGUGUUGGUGAAAAAUGUUUUCUUUAUUGGGUGGGAUAGAAUAUGGGAGAUACAGACCAUGUACUACAUCACAGGCAUGCUUUCAACCCCCUCCUUAUUUCCCCACCACCAUAUGCAGUAUAAUGAAUAUAAUAUAAGGCUCUUUCCAGCGGCAAGGAACCUUUUGUGUGGCCAGUCCAAUCAAAUGCCUAGGCAAUGAUUCUUUGCCAGACCAUGGUGACAGCACUGAAUGUGUCGUCAAGGUGUGUCUGGGUAUCAGAGCUGGGAAGUAGCAAUCCAGGUUCUCCUACUCAGAGGGCUUGCAUGCGUGGCUUAAAGCUGCACAUCAAUACCUACAAACUAUUUAAGGGACACUGCAGGCAGCCAGACCAAGGGGUCUGAGUACAGUGUCUCUGACACACUUAGUCCUGCAAUAUGAAGCAUUGCAGAUUUUUAUAAACUUCAAUAUUCAAAUUGCAGCACUAAGGCUGCCUUUAGUGGUUGUCUACCAGACAGCCACUAGAGGUGCUUUCUGGAGAUUAUUAUAUUUAUAUAGCACCAGCAAAUUCCGUUAUUUUAUUUUUAUUUAUAUUUUUUUACCGUUGCAGGAGAUGAAUUAGUUUGGAGCCAUUAACAGUUUAAUCGAUAUGCUUUUGUGAAAAAGUAAAUUUUAAUGAAUUUUUUGAAGGAGUUGAGACUGAGUGAGCGUCUAACGGAAAAGGGAAGGGAGUUCCACAGGAACGGUGCAGCCCUAGAGAAGUCUUGAAUGUGCGCAUCAGAUGUGGGAGUAACAACGCUGGAUGUCCUCCCGCUCUGCAUGAGGACGUCCAGCGUCUUAGAGAACCCUAUAGGAAUGCAUUGAGGCAAUGGUUUCUUAUAAGCAAAGACCUAAUCCGCAUGUGGCGCUCACUACGAAAGCACAUUAGGUCCCCAUAUUGGAUGGCAACAGAAGAGGCAGAGUGACACAGUACCGAGGGACAUUGGCACUAGAAUCGGGUAAGUGAAUGGUUUUUUUUUAACCCUUGUAUAUGCCGGUGGGGGAGGGUGGACCACAAGUGAGGGGUGAACCAGAGGGCAUUGUAGUGUAAGAAACUAACACUAUAUUUUUUUUUCUAUGAAUUACAUUUUUUGGGAGUAGGACUAAAGGCACUAUAACAACUUCAAAAUGUUAGUUGUUAUACUGCCUGCCGUGUUCCUUUUAAUGAUUGGGUUUUAAAAUGUUUAUUUAUCCCCCUCUCCCUCCCAAUUCUACACAAUUUACCUGAGGUUUGCAAUUCAUGUUUUCAGGUAAUUGCACUAUUGCUGUUUAGCGAAUAAAUCACAGAUUUCCGGUUCAAGUGCAUGUUGCAUGCCCUCUGGGUGCAUGAAUGUCAAAAGUGUUUAAAAUUUAUAAUGUAUAAAACAGGAUAUUGUGAAAUUGGCUCUAAAGCAUUUAUUUUAAUUCAUAAUGGCAAAGGAGGUAGAUUUCACAAUAUCUACCAGCGUGCUUUAAUAAUAGGAUUGUCUAUGAAUAUUGUUAUUCAUCUUACAUAUGUUUUUUCGAAGGCCAGCAACUGUAUAAAAAUGCAGUAACAAAAAACGAAUAUACAUAUAACAUACCAACUAAAAGAGAGUUCUCACCCAGUAGUACAUGCCAUGCAAAAUGUCCUUGUUACUUUUAAUGGAUCGCCUUAAACAGGAACUUGCCAGAAUGGAGGAAAAUGAUAUUCUAAAGAAAACGAAGAAACCCACUGAUUGGGUUGAUUCUAUAGUGUUGGUGGAGAAACCUGAUAUGGGGGUAUUGGAUUCUGAAUUGAUCCCAUGGAACUUAAUGAAGGCAUCUUAAAGGAACACUAUAGGCACCCAGACCACUUUCUGAUAAUUAAAGUGGUCUGGGUACAGUGUCCCUAUUGCCCUUAGUGCUGCAAUGUUAAACAUGGCAGUUCCAAAGAAACUGCAAUGUUUAUAUUGCAGCACUAAGUCUGCCUCCAGUGGUUGUCUAUCAGCGUUUCCUGCAUCCAAACAGAUCUUUGGUCAGGUAUCUGAUGCUGGACAUCCUCACGCUCUGCAUGAGGACAUCCAGGGUCAGGUUUCCCUCUCCCCCCCCCAUAGGAAAGUAUUGAUUAAAUGACGGAGGAUUCGGUGAUGCCAUGACCCAGCACCGAGGGACAUCGGCGCUCGUAUCAGGCAAGUAAAUAAAGGGUUUUUUAACCGUUUAUUUAAUGCGGGGGAGGCAGAGGGAACUAUAGUGCCAGGAAUACAGCAUUGUAUUCCUGGCACUUAUAGUAUCCCUUUAAGAAACUCCCCCCUUUACCAAGGAAAUUGCUUGGAGAGCUAAGUGGAGGAAUUGUAUUCAACAAACCUGAUGCAUCAUCUGGAUUUUGGCAGAUUUUUAUUUUUUUAUUUUUUUUAUUUUUUUUUAUCGUCAGUUCAAGGUAAAUAGCAAGGAUUGUAAGGAUACAGUAAUUGCAUUGAUAUUAAUAAACAUGAGUGUUGCAUCUCAACAUUUGAACUAUUUCACAGAUGCCAGUGCAUAGACAGCGAUAAUGUCAUGGAAGGGUCAUAUUUGCCAUAAAAUGCUUGAUCAUGUUGGUGUGGCUACCACUCCGUAAGGAGAGCUAUGGUGACUACAUUCCUGUCGCCAGGGAUCUUUCUGUGUGCUGUGGGCCUGGCCCUGGUUCUAGGACAAGCCACAUAAACUAAAGAGGAGUAGGAUGAUCAAAUAUCCCUUCGCUAUCUUGCGGUAUGGGGUGUAAUGUCGGGACCCAUGGUACCAAUAUGAGGCGGUGCUUCUGUACAAUGGUUCGUGGCUUAUUCCGCAUAUAUUGCCUUAUAUACGUACUGGCAUAGGGUUUUGUAGCAUUGAGGUGUAUGCAAUAUUUUCGUUGUGAUAGGAUGAGGGGGGGAAGCGGGGGAUAGGGGUUAUUUAUUAUUUAUAUAGCGCCAUCAGAUUCCGUAACGCUGUACAAUGGGUGGACUAACAGACAUGUAAUUGUAACCAGACAACUGGACAUACAGGAACAGAGAGGUGGAGGGCCCUGCUCAAUGAGCUUACAUUCUAGAGGGUUGAAAGCUAACUAGUCCUACAUAACAGCAAUUUACAUGUUAGGUCGAGUAUGGGAUAGAUUAGUACAAACUAAAGUGUUUUAUAGUACCAUGCAGCAACUUCUUGAAUAGAUACCAUGCACAAUCUGGGGUAAAACCAAUAAAGAACAGGAAUUGACAGAAGAUGGUCUUAACUGUUGUUAAGGUGAGUAACUUAAAGCACAGUAAAAAAAGUAUCAAUUCAGAAAAACUUCAACUCCACUAGAGGUGGUGUUAUACUAAAUAUGAAAAAGAUUAAGGCAAUUACCGAAAUGCCACAGCCAGAAAAUAAACUGCUGUGGCAAAACUGCUCUAAUGCAACAACUACUCAGAAGAAAAAUGUAUGCUUGGGAAUGGUCAGCGAAUCCCAGAAAGAAUGGAAUUUUUUUUAUUGGAAGGUACUGCUUACAUACUAUGCAAUUCUUUGAUCCAACAGCAGAAUCAAAGUUGUCCACUGAUGCUUCUGAGAAUGGAUUGGGAGCAGUUCUAUUUCAAAAUCAAGGCUCAGGAUUACAGCCUAUGGAUUAUUCAUUUAGGGCAUUGACGGAUACAGAAAAACAAUUUGUGCAAAUUUAAAAGGAAACACUGGGAUUAGUUUACGGAUGUGAAUUUUUUUAUAUUUGUAUGGGAGAGUAUUCUCAGCAGAAUCUAAUCUCAAACAUUUGAUCUACAUCUACCAAAAUGGCUUGAUAGAUGCACUUCCAAGAAUUCAACUGUUGCUGAUACUUCAAAUGUAUGGCUUCACCCUGGACUUUUUACCUGGCAAGGAGAUGAUGAAGCUGAUACUGACUACUUACACUUUAAAAAGGAAAACUUACAGUUGCAGAAAGAGGUGACUGUUCACUUCAAUCUGAUCUUAAGGUCAGGCCUGUUCAGUCAUGCAAUGUGGGCAGCAAUUAAGCAUCCUACAGCAACAGAUGCAUUUCUUUCUAAGUCAAGUAAAGAAAUCCAUUCCAAAUGGCAAAUCAAAGGGGUCUAUACAGCAACCUAUGGCACUUCACGUGCCUUUGCACUGCUUUCAAGACUGCCAGGGGCUGAACAGGCUCUGGCCUAUCAGGAAUCCCAGUGGGACUUUAGAUAUCUGCUAGUGCAAAUUGCGCAUUAAAUGCAGGUGGUGAGAGGCAAUCCCCAGUUUAAACAUUGCAACACUUAAAGGACGUGAUCUCAGAUCACUUCCUCCAAGUAGUUAUGAAUGGGAAUUCACAGUGAAGAAGAGAGGCACACCGCAGCUACCACAGCUCCUGCCCUUGACCUGGUCCUGGCCAACCUGGACCCCAGGAAAGCCACCCACACUGUUACACAUAGCUGCAGAAUUAGCCUUUCCCUCAUACAAAUAAUACAAACCGCCCACAAACUCAACACCACUGACAAUCCAUAUACACACGCACACACACAAUGUGACACAUCAUCCACAUACACAAUUUCACAAGCAGCCUACAUUCAUAGGUAUCAUACACAAUACCACAAACUACUCAUGAACAUAUACAAUAUAACAGCGGAUAUAAACACCGAUGCAACUGCAGCACUCAUAAAUAACACAAGCAGAAUACUGUAACAUACACACUUCAAAAAUAGGACCAGCAUGACAAGGGGCUUAAAGAUCUUGUUUUGGCACAGUACUACUAAAACGUUGCAUACAUCUGGUAUAGACCAGUUGUGAACUUUCUUUGAUUUUCAAAGGACAAGGACUGAAAAAUUGCUGGAACAAUAAUCUUUCUAAGUCCUUAUUAAAUGAAGGUCAUUCAAGUAUAGAAAAGACCAACGACAAGCUGGAGACAUUUUCUACUGACCAAAUAUUAAUGAAUACAUUGAGAUGAUUACUCAAUGCCUGACUUGCCAAGUAUUCAGACCUCUGUUACCUUAUAGUGGCCGAUUAACUUUCCUUUGGCACUCUGGAAAACGUUAGGGAUGAACUUUUUUUGUUUUAAAAAAACAGCAUUAUAUGUGGUUAAACAAUUACUUCUCAAAAUACUCAGCAUUAUUGAAAGAUGAGUCGGCAAUUAACAUUCCAAGAGUAAUAAUAGACAAUGAUAAUCAAUAUAGUUUAGAAAUUUUUCCAGUACCUAUAAAUUUGAACAUAGAACAUCCAGUCUGGGAUUUCCUCAAGCAAAUGGUUUAGCAGAAGCUCGAGUAAAGAUAGUGGAAAAACAUGCUUUGUAAAGCAACAGAAGCAGAAGGGGAUUCAUGUCUGGCUUUUUUUCAGUUUUAGAGCUACACCCUUAAAAUGUAAGUCACUGGCAGAAUUAUUGUUUGGCAGACAGCUGCUUAAACUAGUACCAGUUUUCACAACCUUGGAAACCGUUCCCACAAAAACGUAAUAUAAAACAAAAUCAAAACCAGGAAGAAAGGAAUGAAUGGUAAGACUGAGCUGCAAAACUUUUGGAGAAUCUUCAGGUACCAAAGCCUGUAUGAAUACAAGGUUCAAACUGGAGCACUAAAGGGACAAUUAUCAAGCAAUAUUCUCCAAGAUCAUAUGUAGUUCAAAUCAAUGAUGGGCAAUGCUUACAUAGAAAUCGUCAACAUUUGAAGGCUAUUCCAUCAGUUCCCAACAAUUCAGCAGUGAAGGAAACCUAUGAGGAUACAUUGAACAUUCCACUGCAGCUGGAGAAUGGAGAUGUCGGAGAAACUUUGCAAAUUUCAACUGAUUUGCGAGCUAUCUCAUCCAGUAAGGCAAAGCAAACAAUGUCCAGUAGAUAUAUAAAAAAACCUAAUAGUCACAGGCUCCACUGCCCGCUCGAACCAGACAGCAGGCCACCCGACCGGGUGCAUCUAUGUGAGGAACUACCCACCCACCGCUACCCCGGGGGCCCACCUGACGCCACGUCCAUUUCUCCAAAGAAUCCCACCUCGAGACUACGGACGAUGGAUUCCACAGGAUUGCCAAAGCGACGCAGAGUCCCCACUUAACCGCAAGUAUAACACCCACUGGGCGGCUCCUACCAGACACUUACCUAGACACUGAGAGAACUGGUAUAAUGGGAUGGAGGAACUACGAGACCCAGGUGAAGGGCCCAUGAAGGCCGGGACUUGCUCCAAUACGCAAAUCCCCAUCCGCUCACCAGAAAGCUCAUGAGGCAUGAAGGGACGCUGAGGUAGGGGACACACACCGGGUAAACAUGCGCCCUGACCCUCUCGCCCACUACAUAUAGUGCCCGGGAGGAACGGGGGCCUGUCGCCUUGGAUGGGCCUCGCUGCCGGAGCCUACCCGACCUGUGACGAACUUCGGGGAGCAGGCCGGGGCGAUGCCGGCGGGGCUCACCUGGGGCGAGGGGUCAACGGCACAAACCUGACAAACGCAAUGGGACCUGGGGACAAGGGAAGGGCCACACACGUCUGCCUAUAACACUGAGAGCCAGACCCAAUGCGCCCAAAAGCCCACCAAGGCCACACAUGCCAACCAAGAUAACGGGCACUCGCUAAAAGGGGGCGCGGGUCCAGGACAACAUGGUCCAACCCGGGGGACACAAUAACAAACACCUGACAACCUGGUUGAUGUGGGAGAGGGAUGCAAAAUGUAAAAGGCUUAAUGUAUAUGACUCCCAACCGUUCUAGUUCUGAAUAAGUUGUUUUAACCUGUUGUGAUAGUUAAUCAUCUGUUUAUGCAUGUAUUAUGUACUGACACUGACGCAAUACGUAACUUUAGUCAAACACCCAUGCUGGCCUUAGGGCCACCACACUUUAAGGCGAGGAAUACAGACGCGCACGCAUCGAGAUAACACAAAGGAUCCGCAAGGUGGUGCCACGGAACUGUAACUGUCUCUAGGACACCAGAGUUUCCCCAGUAAUAGAUCAGGCGCAGACUCGGACCACAAGGAACACCGGGGCCUCCUUCCAAGGCGUCACCCAGAAGGUGAGCAAAUCGCACGAACCACAGGUGGUAUCGUGUGCCAGCGCUCUCCGACGCCUCCACCUAGCCGUCACUCACUAGUCACGAGCCCCUUGGAGGAUCCAUGAAAACUCUUACCACUCUCCUACUCCCCUGACCCUACACUGACCACCACACAUACCGGACACCCUGACCUCCCCACCCCCUCCCCAAAGCAGACUUACUCAGACACAGACGACCACAAAGACCCCAUCCCCAAUACUCUAACCAGGCGACAUGGCAUUGAUGCCAGACCACCUUAAUAUCCUCACAGUCAAUGCUAGGGGACUAAAUAAACCAGAGAAACGAUCGGGGGCCUUGAGGGACUUCCACAAAAUAAAAGCCUCGAUAGUCAUGAUCCAAGAAACACACUUUAGGAAGGGAGCCAGACCUAAGCUUACCAACCACCACUACCCACAGGGCUACUACUGCCAAGGGGGAAAGUCCAGGGGAACUGCGAUACUUAUAAGCAGGAGAGUGCCGUUCCAGGAGGGGGGGUGCCUGUCGGGCGGCGAGGGUAGAUUUCUAUUUCUCAAGGGGAAGAUCGCGGGUCAAGAGUACACGUUCGCAAACAUAUACACCCCAAACAAACAACACUAUUGAUUCCUCCGACAUACACUUCGCAAACUCCAAGACUUCACAGAAGGGGUUCUCCUACUCUGGGGAGAUUUUAACAUAACUCCAGACCCCACCUGGGACUGCUCAACAGGCACUUCCCAUAUCCCAACCCAACAACUCCACUCUCUCAAAUCCCUACUCCGCAAUCACCAACUCAUCGAUUGCUGGAGAGCCCACCACCCUGAUGAAAGGGACUACACCCUUUUUUUUUUUUUUCUCUACCCGCAUGGAUCUUAUUCCCGACUAGACCACAUCUACACCUUACAUUAUGACCUUCCCCUGGUGAUAGAGGUGACAACGAGGUCAGACCACGCUCCGGUAAAACUUAAAUCCCUGCUCUUCCACCCCACAAUCUCGAAAUGGAGACUUAACGAAUACCUACUCUCCAGAACAGACAUCACGGUCCACAUAGGAGAGAAAAUCAAAGACUACUUCACAGAUAACACCCCAGAACAGACAUCCCCAACAAUCAGAUGGGAGGCCCACAAAAGUGUAAUAGGAGGCCACUUCAUACAUCAAGGAGCCAUACUUUAAGAGGCAAGCCAAAACCCGGCUUACCGAGCUACUGGCCGACAUACAAAAGACAAAGGAACAAAACAAGCUCAAACAAGACUGCUCCCACCAAACCCGACUCUUACAACUACGAUGAGACCUUGCUACACUGCUCCACUCUAAACACCACAGAGACGCGGUCAGACACAAGGCCUUCUUUUCCCUACAUGGGAACAGGAGCGGUAAACUCCUAGCCACUAUGCUGAAAAAACGAAGACAGCAGACCUACAUUGACCGAAUUAGAGACAAACACGAGACCCUAUACCGUCUCCCGACCGAAAUCCUGACAGCGAUUCGCACAUACUACUCAGACCUAUACACACUACCGCAGCCACAAACCGAAACGGCGAAAACACUAAUACACGAGUCCAUCCGGGCAUACAAAAUACCCGAUACCGACCUUAGACAACGAGAUCUCCACGUUAAUAGACGAACCUCUCACAUUCGAGGAACCAGUGCUCGUGGUCAAACAAGGCAAAAGCCUGGGCCCGGACUCCCGACGAAAUAUUACAAGACCUUCGCUCACCAUCUUUACCCACCGAUGCUGGAAUCCUUCAACGCAGUAAGGGACAGACAACACAUACCUAAACAAGCCCUAUCAUCCCCAAAGAGGGCAAGGAUGGUGAAUACUGCGGGAAUUACAGGCCAAUCUCGCUUAUUAACUGCGACAUUAAAUUGCUGGCCAAAAUUCUGGCGACCCUGCUUAAAACGCACAUCCCCUCGCUGGUCCAUCCACACCAGGUGGGAUUCGUGGCGGGACGCGAAGCGAGAGAUAAUACUAUCAAGACACUUACCCUCAUGCACGGAAGGAGGGGAGGUGCUUGGGGCCUUCUCCUGCUGUCAACAGACACGGAGAAGGCCUUCGACAGGGUCCGCUGAAUAUACCUCUUUGAAACACUAGCCCACAUGGGGCUGGGACCCCACUUACGGAGAUGGAUAGAGGCACUGUACCACGAGCCUAUGGCUCACGUAUUGGUUAACGGGGCACUAACUACUGCAUUCACCAGGCAGGGAUGCCCCCUAUCCCCGCUGCUAUUCGUCCUCACCCUUGAGCCGUUCCUAACACACAUCCGACACAACAAAGACGUCACCGGACUAGAAACGGGCACUGUACACCAUAAAGUAGCCACGUUUCCGGACAACCUCCUCUUCGUGGUGUCCAAUUCAGAAAUCUCCCUCCCCAACAUACUGAAAGCCUUCCAGACAUUCAGUGAUAUCUCCAACCUGAAAAUUAACUACACCAAGUCAUAUCUCCUUUAAUGUCAGCGUACCAGCCAAAUGCGCCGAUCCCCCACGUCGAAGCUUCCCAUUCCAAUGGGCCGACCACAAGAUCAGAUAUCUGGGAAUUUGGCUGACCUCUUUCUGGGAAAACUUUGCGGAGAUGCUGCGGACGUUCCAAAAAGACAUGAAGGACUGGACUUUCCCACACAUCGUGGCCAGGGAGAGUCCAUGUCAUAAAGAUGGAUUUCCUCCCACGCCUCCUAUACUUUCUCCAGGCCAUCCCCAUUACGAUUCCCAAAACAUUCUAUAACUCCCUUAGAACCGCAAUGACCAACUACGUUUGGAAGGGCAGGAGACCCAGGAUGAGACUCACCACACUUAUGCAAACCCAAACCCACCCUAGGCGUAUGGCGGAAAGCCUCGAAAAUAGGCAACCUGGUGCCGUACCCCUCCUGCCACUGACCCACAAUGACAACUUCCCGACCCAAAGACCUUUAAAGAUAUUCUCCCAGUCGCCUACACCACAUUACUAACGAGAGGGAAAUGCAAACCGCUAUCAGACAUGCUGGAAGAGACCCUUCCUACACAACUUCAAGCACGCUCAGUUGGCCAAUUUGUCCUCAACCUACCCCAAGGACUAGCACUCACUAGAGACCGGACCACGUUCGAAACGGCUUGCCUACACUCUGACCCCAUACCACACGGAGUUUCCUCCUUAUACUCCAUGCUCCAAACAGAGAACCCCUUUUCAUGGGAAAGUGGGAAACCGCCACUUGUGCCUGGAGGGGACUACUGGCUAGCCUCCUGCCUUCCGACUAUGGCCCCUGUGCUGAUAGCUGUAUUUUACCCUGCAAUAAGGUUUAUUUGGGUAUUUCUGCCGGGUUGUUCGGGACUUCCAGUAUGUGAGUAGUGCUACCCCAGAUAGCCAUGCCAUGGAGCCUAUUUGUGUAACGAAAGACUAUGGAAAAGACUUUGGCUCCAUGGCGAUUGAACUGUAUGUAUGUGAUCUGAGCGCCAUUCAAUAAUAAUGUGCACUCAGAUCUAAGCUAUCUGGGGAUAUGUUGCAGGUUUUAUGUAGUAAUUGUAACAUUGUGUAAUUUUAUGUCUUUUUGUAACCAUGUGGUUAAUGGAGUCUUGCCUCUGUCCUGGGAGAUAAUUUGAUUACUUCCCAAUUAUCUCCAGGAUAGAGAGGAGGGAUUGUGAUGUCACUGUGGGAGUGUUUUGUUUGUAUUGUCUGUGACUGGUUAUACUGUGUCCCACCCUGUGGGAUGUCCCCUUGCAUGGGGACUUGCAUAAAAGCCAGUGUGUGGUCAUUAAAACCAGAUCAUCUUGUACCUUUCUUGAAGCCUUGGCUCAUGUUUGGGGGAAGGGAUACCUACACUCUGGGGAUUGCUAUAAUCACUUACUCCCCAGAGUAAGCUCUUGCAAUAGCUUGUUUUGUUCCUGCUCUCUGGAUUUAGGAGAGGUUCACCCACUGGAAGCUGGAUUCUGGCCUUGGAUCCAGGGUGGGUGAGAGACGGCAAGACCCAGGCGCAGCUGCAUCGCUGGAAGUGGGGUCUGCAGUGCUGAUGGUGUCGGAGUGCUCAGAGUCCUCGGCAAGCGCUAGGAGCAUCGGUUGGCGGAGGUACUCAGUCGGAGUGCCAGUGUUCCGUCACACCGCCCUAGACACUACAUUCUCGGAAGCAGAAUGGGACUCCACCUGCUACUUCACACAUCAUUGCUCGGUUUAUAGUAGAACACAGGAGACUGCCUACAAGCUACUAACGCACUGGUACAGGACACCACAUCUCCUUCACAAUAUAGACCCGGACCACUUCGAAAUGUGCUGGAGAUGUGAAAGAGAGGUAGGAACCACAAAACAUAUCUGGUGGGAAUGCGAGGUGAUCAAACCAUACUGGGAGGGGAUACAUAAAAUAUUAGAGGUGUUCUCCGAACCAGCGGCAAUGCUCCUGCACCACACAUCCAUUCCCCAUCUAAAUACAAGAAAUACAUGACUGUCAGAAUACUAAAUAUAGCCAAACAAGUUCUUCCUCAAUUCUGGAAACAAAAGGUAACACCCCCAUUCAAGACCUGGUUCAACCAAAUGGAGGAACUCAGAUCAAUAGAAGAACUGGACACACUGGAUCCUUGAGACAGCAAAAGACGAAUUCCAACUAAGGCUCCGAUACGACGACCACCGCAACACCGACUGAAAGAACCUCUGAACCAAACCCCAGAGAACAGCUGACUACCGACCUUCCCUGCCACCCACAGACAUACCCCCCUCACCCAGCUACACCCACCUCCCUAAGGGACUCCUAAGAAACAGCUCUAAACCAUCCUGAGGUCCCACAAAAGAUCGGAUGCGACCACACUACAGAGACCCAGGAGAUACAAAUAACACAAUACCCACACAAACAGAGGCCACAUGAUACGUGAAGACUACUACUCCUGUACAUGCCAGCCCUCAAACCACCACAGAGUACUAACUCACGUUACAAACGAGUGAAGGGGCCUGUGUGUCCUCACCCCAGUAGGGCCCGCGUGCCCAGAUGGAAAUGUAACCACUAAACUUAUUACACUACGACCUACUCUAAUAACAGUGGCCCAGGAGACAGACAAGGCCCAAGGGCCUACACCACUGAGACGAACAAGGAAACCUCACAGGAAACAUGAGACACACACCCACUAUCCCCGAGACCCCUGACUAAAGUUAAUCCGUCAACAGGGUAGCGGACCUAACCCUACCCCAUACCAUCGAACAUCUAAGGGACCCGCACAUAUACCCAUACCUAGCCAAAAAGGCCGAUACCCCCGACUCCUUACCCAAGGUAUCGAUGCCCUACCCAACUGCCCCCAACCCUCCCCCAAGACAAUAUUAUCCUAGCAAACGACACAGACCUAUAUUACAGCACCUGUUCAGUAUAUGUUCAUUAAACAAAAGGGACCUGUGUGUCCAACAAAAAACUGCUAAAAGCCAAACAAUGGAGACCUGCGAGUCUCAGGAGAUAUCCUCAAACAAAAGUUACAGAGACCUGCGAGUCUCCUAAAAUUGUUGUUUUACUAGGGACCUGCGAGUCCCACUUCGUAUACAGUUGCCUAUUGAAAAUCAAAAACUGAAAAUAACCAAAAUAACAAAGAAAAACCAUAUUCACAAAAAAAACACUAAUCGUCUCAUUGAAUAUUGUUAAAAGGGACUGAAGUUCUUUCACAAUACAGUUAUUGCUCAUGACUGUCUUUAAAAAAAUAAUAAUAAUAAAAUGGAAAUUAAAACCGUUCACCAACAUGAAAGUCCCGCCUCUUCAAACAUGUUACUUUUAUCACAGCACUUCAUGUGAUGUUUCAUUUGGGCCACCAUACCUUGCAUUUUUUUCGGUGCAUUUCCUGUAUUUUGCACACAUGCCUACUUUACCUCUAGGUAGAGAAACUUCAUUUAAAUAUUUUAAAUCGGGUCUCUUUUAUGACCUGUUGCAAUUUUUGCUCCCCAGGGGCGGAAAUAAAGAAUAUUAAGCUAUGUGCUCAAAUAUCCCAAGGCUUGUGAGUUGCUAAGGUUUAUUUGUACUGCCUGCCCCUCCCUCCUCACACUAAGAGCCUGGUACAGGCGUAAAGGGACACUCCAGGCACAAAAACGCCAUCAAAAUUGGUAUGGUGCUAGGAUGCCCCUGGAGGCACUCUUACCUCAAAGAGUUAAACCAUUCUUGAAGCGGUCAGUUGAUGCUCUCAGCCAAUCAGUGACUCCUCAUUCACUAAACUUAGAGCUUAGAAACUUUGCCUUUUCUAAGGCGGUUUAGUGAAUAGGGUGUCACUGAAUGGCCGCUCAAAGCGAUUAAGCGACUCUCCUGCCUGGUAAAACUCUGCAAAUUAUCAUUAAUCUGGUAGCAACAAAAACAAGGUAAAAUCAGUGAGGACACUGAUAAAGAACCAAGUUAGUAAAUGAUUUUAAAACAAAUGAUAUAUAGUAUUUUAUUGAAAAGAGGGCACAGAUAAUGGAGUAAAUAUGAAGUAAAACAAAGGAACCUUUACCACAGUGAGUGGCAGUAGCCUGUUUAUUUUAACAAUGUGGCAAUAAAUAACACUGGCUGUAUAUCAGACAGGAGUCACUGAGACAUACUUAUACUGCUUAACAGUUUACAUGCUGAAUGCACUGCUUAGUACACAAUCCCUUCCUUUAUCGAAGCAAAUACCACAGUAAUUGGUCUGUGUGCUAUAACUUGCACAUCAGAAAAGAAACAGAGACCUAAUGCUCUCAGCAAAAACUGGAACUUUAGUCUGAUAUUAAGAUAAAAGCUAGAAACAUUCCAGAGAGCACCCCUCCCAUCCCUCAUCAAUGCAGCCUUGGCGACCUCACAGAAUCUCUGUAACUGUCUGCCUGGCAGUGAAGUACUUCUGCUUGUGAUCUCCAGCCGGACCUCUCGUAAUGUCACAGUAUAUGUUAUCUGUAACGGCUUGUCCAGCAGUGAAGUACUCAGGCUAAUAAUAUCAAGAUGUGCACCCGUAAUGCUGUGGUAUUAACCCCACAAAGUGAUCUGCCUUUAAUAUGUGUUGAGGUAGUUUGUGCUCGUCCAUACCACUUCCAUCCUUCUGCCAACCCUCUUCUUCACUUCUGUCAUUUAUAUCCUUCUGUCUUGUCUCCCUUUCCAUGUGUGUCUGUGUUACCACAGUUCCCCUUUCCACUGUCGGUUUUUAAAGAGACAGUAUAGUCACCAGAACAACUACAGCUUAUUGAAUAUGUUUUGGUGAGAUAAAUCAUUACCUUCAGGCUUUUUGCUGUAAACACUGUCUUUUCAGAGAAAAUGUAGUGUUUACAUUACAGCCUAGUGAUAACUUCACUGGCCACUCCUCAGAUAGCUGUUAGAGAUCCUUCCUGGGUCAUGGAUGCCUAAAAUGCUUCCAAACAUUCAGUAUCUCCUCUCUCUGCAUGCAGACACUGAUGGUGGUGUUAACACUAUAGGGUCAGGAAUACAUGUUUGUGUUCCUGACCCUAUAGUGAUCCUUUAAGGUCAUCUGAGCAACAGUGGAUGGUUUCAGCUAUAAGGACAGGAGAAUGGAAGUACAAAUUGUGUUGACUGUUGAAUUUGAGUCCUAUUAUUUAUUUAUUUUUCUCCUAGUUUAUAUAUUUGAAUGUUUUAGAAAGGCAAUGAUGUUUAGAAAUUACUGUGAGGUCAGUUUGAAGCGUGCGUCCUAUUUUAAUUACACUUGGAAUUUAUUUAGUUGUUUGGCUGAGCUUGUUUUUGUGGGGGGGAAGGAGGGGGUGGAUUUUAACCAUCUAACACUGUUAGAGCGUUCUAUGACUUUCUAACUGUAGGGUGGCAUAGAACGCCCUGCAUAUUUGGUGUGAGACCAGGUAAAAUCCCUGUUCACACUAGGGAGUUCUAUUCAAGGUUGCAGCUGUUUUGCCUGGAUCACUUUGGUGACUUGAAGCUUUGGAACUGUCCAGGGUUAUACCAGGGACUCUCCUGUCAAAUGUUGCCAUUUUGAGGAGCUGCAUAUAAUGCUUAGAGUUGAUCUAAGUGUAUGUAUAUAUGUAUAUAUGUAUAAUAUAUAUAUAUAUAUAUAUAUAUAUAUAUAUAUAUAUAUAUAUAUAUAUAUAUAUAUAUAUAUAUAUAUAUAUCUCAGAAAAAGCAGUCCAGGGAGCACACUGGGUCUUGAAGUUAGUGGAACAAAAUAAUUUAAUGUAUCAUAAAAAAUACAUCAGCUGUGAGGUACACACAAAUCUACGUUUCGAGCCUCCUGGGGUCUUUAUCAAGAUCACCGUGAUCUUGAUAAAGACCCCAGGAGGGUCGAAACGUCGAUUUGUGUGUACCUCACAGCUGAUGUAUUUUUUAUGAUACAUUAAAUUAUUUUGUUCCACUAACUUCAAGACCCAGUGUGCUCCCUGGACUGCUUUUUCUGAUAUAGAUAACGCGGGAUUGCACCUGGGCAUUUACAUAAUUCUUGCAUGAAGGAGGAGUGCCUUGCCCUGUUUCCCCUGAAUAAAAUGAUAUAUAAUAAGGGUGGGUGUAUUUAAUAUGAAAGAGGUGUAUUACGGUUGGACAGACAUGUAGCACAAAUGCCAGGUUUUGUUUACAUUUUGUUUUGUUCACAACGUGUACAUUUGCAUCCGUCCUUAAGGGGUUAAAAUGCCAUACAGAGCUUGGAAAAUAACACACUUUCUUAAUUUUGCAAACUUUGUUUUAGAUUGUAUUCAUGUUAAAUUAUGUUUAAUUUAUAAAUAUUUGAUGUGAAAUGAAAGCCCUGAACAAAAUGAUAUAUAAAAAGUGGGUGCACUUAAUGUGAAUGGUUGAACAGACAUAUGGCUCAAAUUCUAGGUUUUGUUUUGAAGAGAACAUGUACAACUGCAUCCGUUUUUAAGUGGUUAAUGAAAACAAACACAGAAAAACCUUCCUAGUGUUGAUCCAAUAGUCUGGCUUCUAUAAUGAGCUAUAGUGUGUUUUUAACCAAUGUUUUUAUACUUUUCAGAGAUAAAUGAAGGUCCCUCCUCUUAUACAGCUGGAAUUAGGUGAGGCAUGACUUGGGCACUGCAAGGGGUAUAACAUUGUAUUCUGUAAAAUGGUUGUGACAAAGUUCAAUUUACUGAUCAUAACAAUUUUCUAUUUAAUUGUUCCUCCCCACCCUUCCCUGUCUGUUUCCCUGUUGUGUAUGUCUACUAUUUCUACCUUUUUACUUAUUUUUCAUUACUUUUCUUGACCAUUUUACUUCCCCUCUCUCCAUGCCUCAGUGAGGAGGAGGAGGAGGAGGAAGAGGAGGAGGAGGAAGAAGAAGAUAUAUUGAUAAGCGAGGAAGAUAUUACAUAUAAAGAUGACCCCAGAGAUGAAACCUACAGACCCCAACUAGAAAGGUACAGAUGGCUGUCACCUUUCCUGCUGUAUAGACACUGCGUGUGUGUUUGUGUAUACCCACCUUCCUCCUCCUCCUCCUCCUCCAUUUUUUUUCUUUCAUUUUACAGCAUUUGCUUUUCCAAUUUUUUAGCUGAUUCUCUUUACCCCCGACUCUCUUUAUAUUUCUUACUUUCACCGUCUUGCUCUCUCUUCCCUCCCUCUCAAACGUUUUCCCUGUAUACCCAUUCCUCCCUCUCUUUCCAUGCCUCAGUGAGGAUGAGGAAGAAGAGUUGAUAAGUGAGGAAGAGAUUCCAUAUAAGGACGACCUCAGUGAUAAAACCUACAGACCCACACUGGACAGGUAUCCGUGAAUAUCACCUCCCAGCACUGCAGGACCAUGGGUAUUUCCCUGGUGUAGGCAGUGUGUCUCUGCCUCUCUCUCUCUUCCUCUGUCUUACUCCUUUCCCUCUCUCACUAUUAAUUCUUCCCUUUUCCCCUCAUAAGCCAUUUUCGUUGCAACAGUUUACUUUCUUACACUACCCUUUUUUUCCCUCCACUCUCCGUUUCAUUCCAGAGAUACUGCUCGAUCAAGAAGACGCCUUGCUCGUUCGAGAGAUGAGCCAGCACCUGUGGAAGUAAAGAUGGAAGUUAAAGAAGAAGGUCAAGUUGUCCAAGAAGAAGAAGUGCCUAGGAAGUGAGUUAUUCAGUGAGAAGUUCAACUAAAAAACAGUUAAUCAUCUAAUUGUGUCAUUUUUCAUUUGUUAUUCUGUAUAUUAGGAGAGGGCGUAGGCGCAAGGAUGACAAAAGCCCAAGACUUCCAAAGAGGCGGUGGGUAUUUUAUUUUUUUUCCUCUUAUUUAAAUAAAUAGUCUUUCACAUCUCUCUGAUCCAUUCUCAUAAGUAACUUUUUUUUUGUCAUUUGGUCGCAGCAACUGUGGCUUCACAUUAAAGCAAGCAGGCAUUAACUAUUGAGAAUGUUGACAGUUGCACUGGGAUGCAGCCUAUCAAGGUGCCAGACCCCCUUCCCAACUUCUGUGGCAAUGAGUCUCUGUUCCAACAAUCCAACCUGCUAGCUGUUGCAGCUGACCUAAAUGCACAUACACGAGCCUACAUGUGCAGGUUUUGUGUAACAAUAUUAUGCACAUAUUAAACAGAAAUUUACACUAUAUACCCUUUGUAUAUAGGCAGUCACAUACCCAUUAGCCCACCUAUGUGCAGACACAAAUGUACAUGUAGCUUUACACACAUUCAGGGAGGGUCUCUCGGUAGGACGGAUAUGUUUGACUAAACUUAAGGUAGCAGAACGUUACUACUUGAAAUAUUGCCUUCCGGUUGAAUCCACAGAUGUUUUAAAAUCCUCAGUUUGAAAGUAGUAGCACUUAAAUGUUUGCUGUUAAAGAUCUGUGUAAUUGUUUUUAUUUAUACUUAUAUUGGAUCCGAUAACUUUACCUCUGCAUUAUAAUCUAUGACCACUUUUUUUUUUGGGGGGGGGGGGGUGCAUUUUCUUUGAAUAGCCCUUUUAACUGUGUCUGUUGGACGAAUGGCUGGGGAUUUUCAGGAAUACUCCAACUGACCCCCCCCCCUCUCUUCCCCCAUCCUAUUUAGGAAAACAUUAAAAAAGACUAAUAAAUGUUAAAAUUUACCUUUGUUUCAGCACUGUACCUCAGUUCUUCCUGAAGCCUGAUCCUCCUUGGCUGAUGUCACUGGAGUGUCAGGGAGGAUAAAGGUGUCAAGGAGAAGGGGUGAUGUGCUGCAUCAGGAGACAAUUUUGAACAAUUUGACAUUAGCCAGUUCGGAACCUCGAUCCAGGUUAAUGGCGCUGUUGGAGGUGGUUACACUUCUGGUUACUAAAGUGAAAUGCUGCACUUAGAGUCCAGGAGCCAUGGCCACUUCAAAUCAAUGAAGUAUUCAUGUUUCUUGGAGGAACUCUUUAAAGAGACACUAUAGCGUUGGGAAUACAAAUCUGUGUUCCUUACGCUAUACUGUACAUUUUCCAGGUCCACCACCCAUUUGUACUGAAAAUUAAAUAUAACAAUUUGACUCCCCCUUCUCUCCAGUGUAGAAUCUCCCUUGGCCCUGCCAAACACUCCUCAUGUGAUGUUGUCCUAAAGACUUGCUGAUCCAAUCCUCUUCGUAGCUCCACCAGUGAUCCCCUGGGAUCCACCAGUGAUCCUUUCAUAGAGAAUCAUUGAAUGCAAUGAUUCUUUAGAACUGAUUGUGAAGGCGCUGCGCACGGGAUUGUCACAGUAUGUCUUUGUAAGAGAGCUGGGAAGUAGCCCAAAAAAGGCCAAAUAAAAAAACCAUCAUACCCGUCGAACUUAAAAUAAAAUAAACCCGAGCGCGAAAAAAAAAACAGACGAAAAAACCCAGAGCGCAAAAAAAAAAACUUCACCCAUGGAGGGCUCCGCGGACGGGGGAAGGCUUAUAAAGCCUUGUCCCGCCCUGCAAUUAGGCUAAGAACACUGAGUGGUGGGUUAAGCCAAUCAGAGUGCUCUUUGUCAUUUUACAGGGGCGGAGCUCAGUCUGCGCGGAGCCCUCCAUGGGGAAAGAUGGAUUUUUUAUUUAUUUUUUUUGCGCUGGGGUUUUUUCUUUUUCGCGCUCGGGUUUUUUAUUUUAUUUUAAGUUUCGACGGGUAUGAUUUUUUUAUUUGGCCUUUUUUGGGUUCCCCCCCCACUCCUUAUCAUUAUGGCCCCCACCUGCCACCCGGGACCUACUGUCCUCCCUCCUCAUUAUCAUUAGGGGUGGGGGCCGGGGGGGGGACAAUAGGUCUCCCCCCUUAUUUUACUUUUGGGCCCCCACCUGUUGUUUAGGGGUGGGGGCCAAUAGGUUUUUAUUUUUAUUUUUUUACAGUGAGCAGCCACAGGUUUACUAGACAUGAUACUGCGAGUAAGGGCAGAUCAUUUACUAAUACCAAGUAAUCUUUACUUAGUAUUAGUAAAUGUGGCUAAAAGACCAAUUUAGGUCUUUCAGCCUUUUAGUAGAUAGCUCCCUAAUCUACUAAGCGGCUGCAAGAUGCAGCCACAGCACGAAUAGGAUCGGAGUUUCAUUCGAAUGAAAUUGUGAUCCGAACAAAGUGUCGAAUUGCGUUCUAAAACAAACGAACAUACUGUUCUCAUUCAGUCAGAACGCAAUUUGGCAGUUUCGUCUAAAAUGACAGGAAGCAUCGCGGGAACACAGAGGAAAGGUAAGAAUUAUGGAAAAAUUGCUCUGACCAGCGGAAAUGAAGCACAUUCUAAUGAGGAUGUUUCAAAUCCUCAUUGUUCAUAAAGGUAUUUGUACACUAUGUAUUGUCUGCCCCAAAUCUCUGCCUCCUUUUUGUUGCAUCCAAAGCACCCUGUUUCAGUCUGGCAGCGAUGAAAGGGCUAACUAUUAAAUUGCCUCUUAUACCAAAGCUUACAAACAGCAAAAAUGUUUCAACAUAGAGUAAGGAAGUAAAAUGUGAAAUCUUCAACUGGGUGCUCUUAGGGUACCAGGGAUUCCUCAGUUGUUUUGUUUUUGUUAGUCUAACAGCUUAAAAUGUAACUGAAACCAGGAGUUGUUUUGCCUGCAUUCACAGGAUGAGGAACCUACCCACUUAUCUACGCACUGUGACAGUAAAGUCAUCCCUUUAAUUCCUAACACUGCGAUCACUAAAUAUUAAUGCCAUGCCCUGCAAUACACGUAACUCUAACCAUUAUCUCAUACACUAAAGAGGCACACCACAACAAGCUGACUUGCUUUUUAUCUUCAUGUUCCUUUUGUCCCAAUUCGUAAAAGAAAUCCUGAUUAAAUCCGCUUUAAUGAUUGUUGAAGCGGAAGUGAAAGCUUCCAUAGGGAAGCAUUAGUCUAAACAAAAUUAUUCUAUUGGGUGUUCAUUGCAUCUGAUUGGCACAUUCGUGGAGAGACUGUCAUCACUGGGCAACUAAACAAAGGUGAGAGGUGACUUGCCCUUGGAUAGAAAGGCAAGUAAUAUUUCUAUUUAGUUGGUGGGGGUGGGGGUGGAUUUCUGGAUAGACAGCUGCCACAUUAAAAAAAUAAAAUUAAAAAAAUAUAGCCCUCACAGACUUUAAGGGAUGUUUUCAAACUCACUAUGCCCUCCCCCCCCCCUGCCAUAUUUGAAACAAGGACUGGGCAGCCAUUGCUGCCUAGUCACUAGUAAGGCAUCAUCCCAUUGUGAUGAGGCCUGAAAAGUAACUGGGGGGACAUAAUUCUCCAUGUGUAGAUAUUGUGGGGGUCCUCCUACCUGUCCUAUUAUAUUUAAAAAAAUAAAAAAACCUGGGAGUACAUCCUAUUGUCCACCUGUACACCGUGGGUGGUAGCCACUAAUUUUUAUACCGGGGCAUCUAAUGCCUAUGUCCAUGGGCUACUAUAAUAUUCUGGACGAGGACCUAAUGUUUCCACCCAUGGGUGACAGGUGAGGGCUCUAAAUAAUUUAUAUGUGGGGAGGUGGACAUGUCCCCAGUCCUCUAGCCACCUCUCCUUAAAUUAAAUAAACCCUGCCUACCCCCUUACCCUAAUAAUAGUGGGGGCAUUGAUCCUGAGACCUGUGAAAUAAGAAUUAUACUUUCCAUCAGUAGUAGUCUUUCUUUUUAGCCCUAAAAGGCAAAAAUAAAAUCCUUAAGUGACAUAACUGUACAAUAGUUUAAAAAAAAAAAAAAAUCUCAUACCUCCUGUUGCCUGGCAGAUGGGGACAUAGUGAGGUUUUUUGAAAACUCCCUUAUAGUAAUAUGGGGGUGACCUUAUGACCCAUGUAGUUUUUUUUAUUUUUAUUUUUUAAGUGGCGACUGGCUCAGGUGUAUAUUUGUAUGGUGCCAUCAUACUCCCUCUGAAACACUUUUUCUUUAGAAAAAAACAAAAGCAGUUGUUCUAGCCUUUCUUCAUAACUUGUGUUUUUCAUCCCCUUAUCAAUUUUGUUGUUAGCCUCUGCACUUUUUCCUGGUUCUGUAAUAUCUUUCUUUAAAACUGGUCCCAAAAUUGCACUGCAUAUACAAAGUGGGGUCUUGCAAUGUGUUAUGAAGUCCCUCUGUAAAUAAUAUAUUUUGAUUCUGAGUUUCACUGUCUUAGAAUCCAGGCUCGAAUCGCGGUCAGACCACCUGAAAAGUAAGUGUCCUUGGCCAAGACACCUAACAAUAUAUGUCCACCUACUUCAAACUCCUCAUAGAUUGUAAGCUUGUUUGAGCAGGGCUUUCUUCACCUCUAAAUAUCCCCUUUCUAUAAUUGUAAAAUGCGGUGGAAUAUGUUGGCGCUAUAUAAAUGCUAAUAAUAAAUAAUAGUAAUUUCUGUUAAAAUGUUUUUUUAGUUUCUGAAAUUAUGCUGGAAUAACUUUUACCAGCAAUGCUUCCAAUCACGCUAUGUAAGAUGUAAUUGUCCCCUAUAGGCUGUUUGAAAUUUUGGAAGGAAGAACCUAAUUCUGCAGGCUUUCAUGCUGCAAAAGAUUUGCACUUGAUAUCACCUCCUCCAACGUGGAUGCCUAGUUAUGUGCAUAUGCACUCUUUGUACAUAUCCUUGCAUAUUUGGGGGCUGCAAUAUCAACCUGUAAAACAAUUAUCAAUUUGCCCAGGAUCCAUUAGCAAAUGGAAAUUCAGCUAAUUUUUACAAAUGUAUUUAUUUAUUUUUAUUCUCCUAUGCACAGAGGCAGAGUGGCUUUCUUUUAUCCAUUGAAUGAUAAUAAAAAAUGUGUCAAUUGUAGUUUAAAGUGCUGCAGUGUGUGUAGAAACUUGGUUAACUAGUAAGCCUGCACCCGACAGUCACUGUAUAGUUAGAAUUUCAAAGGAUGAAAUGAAUUUCCUUCAUGAGUGACUGAAUAGGAGUGAUUGAUAGUAAGUUUCUCCACUUCAGGGAACAAAAAAACAUUUAUCAGUGAAGUUAAUAAUGUAUUGGUCAAGUAACCUCAUUGUGAUUUAACCUAUAAAUCCUAUAUUGCAUGAUUGAAAUUUUAUGUAUACAUUGCGCUAGCCAAAUUGCUUGUAAAUGGUAAAAUUUUAAUUUAUAGUGUCUAACUUCCUUAACAUUUGCUAUUAUGUUGUAUAUCAGCUGGUUAGAGUAGUGUUAAGGAAUCCCGGUCUAUCUGUAGUAGAAUGUCCUCAUUUCUUGAAACCAGGUGCAACAUUAUUUCCUACAAGUGCCAGAAUGAUCUCAUCUAGUGAGAUUAUUAAGGCCACCUAAUCUCUUACCGCUGGUCAAUAAAGUGCUGGUGUUUUCAUAACUUCCAAAGAUGCAAACCAACCCACAUCUUCAUCGUUCACAAGGACAAGGUUUGAGGCUAGUGGAUCGCACCAAAUCGCAGUGUUUGUGCUUCUGAGAGAUUGUCAAAGUAAAGGAGCGUAAAGUGCCAUCUCAUUAGUGCUGGUCUGAACAAAAAAAAAAGCAAAGACACCACAAGUCUGUAUUACUGAGAGAAGACAUAGAAAGAGAAGGUACUAAGGCACAUAGCAAGUCCACUAAUGCUGAAUCUGAUUCUCUGCCACCAACUACAAGUGUCUGUUAAUUUCUAUUACUGCAACCCUUAAGCAUUGCAAGGGAGGAUUUCGAGCCUAGUGUCAGUAACUGACAGGAAUAGGCAGACUCCUAGUCACCAGCCCACUCUUGAAAAUUUGUGCUAAAUUUUUAUUCCAGGGGAAUGUCAAAACAGAACGCUAACAAAAACACUUGUGAGUUCACUGCUGAUCGCUGUUUGGUUAGGGGGCUUUCUUUUUCCAUUAAAGAAGAGGAGCGUUUUAAGCUGCUGAUAACAGGCAUUUUCAGCAGGAAGGUAGUCCCAUCACUAUACCGUUCCUGCGUGUUACUAGUGAAAAUGCAGCUGGCUAUGUCUGUAGGUUAGUGGGUGCAUUUCACCAUAGAUUUAUGGAUUGCUCCUAGAGGGCAGCAUUCCUUCCGCCACUGCUCACUGGUGGCAGCCCCCAGUGCUUGGGCAAGAUUGUGGCAGUGGAUCUGUAGGACACACCACCCUUUGUGGCUGGGAGUGGAUCUGUAGGGCAGCAGGGCUUUCAAUCUCUUCUGCUACAUGCUGUAGUGAUGGAUGAAAAGCACACAUCAACAAACAUUGCAGGCAAUCAGACGAAUGUUGUUGAAUUGGUUGGAAGAGCAGACAGGCACCACUCUGUACAUUGAGUUUGUGGUCACUAGCGGAGAUGCUAACAUGGUCAAAGCUCUUUGAAAUGGUUCUUCUGUAGGUGUAUACUGUAAUGCUCACAACCUACAUCUUGUAGUGAAGGGUGAAAUUCGGGAAUUGAACACAAAGGUUCAAACCUUACAUGAGUGUUGCAGGAGGAUUUGUCGGGCAGUGUGAGGGCUAACCAACGCUUGAGGCAGGAGCAAGAGAAAAAAGGGAUUUACACACACUAUCUACAACAGGAAUUCUGCUUUAGACAUGCUGGAAAGCAUUUUGGAUCAGCAGAGGACAAUCAAUAGUCCAUUGUUAUGAGGCGACGUGAGGAUUGGACAAUAAUAGGGCAGCUAGUUGCAGAUCUUAUUCUAUUUAAGGACAUGACAGACCGUUUGAGCCACAGUAAUGCCAGUCUAGGACAGGCGUUCCAUGGUUCACCCACCUCACAAACCUGAUGGAUACCUUCAUGAAAAACAAGGAAUUAGGAGGCAUACUCCUCACCGGUGUAACAGCAGUGGUCACGACGCUGAAAGAUCUACUCAAUGCUCAUCUGAGUGAGCGAGUUGCUAAUUGCCCCAAACCAAUGCUAGCUUGCUGCACUGUGUGGUUUCUCAGCAGCUAUUAUGAUGUCCUCUGUUCAAAGUAAGUCAGUGUUUUCUGCUACAGUGAACAGAAUCCCCAGUGCUCACAAAUGUCCCUGGAGAAGAUAGCUUUCCUUAAGUCCCAAAUUUGGGAUACCAUGCUCUUAGGUUGGAUACUUUAGGUGUCGUCAUCUAUCUGCGAUUAAACUGACUACUAACCUCUCCAUUCAAAGUUGUUUCUAGUUUUGUAUACGCUUUCCAAAAUCUGGCAGUGAAUUGAAAACAAAACUAUUGUAAUUUUGCUGCUGCUAUUUCAUCCCCCCCUUUUUACUCAAAUGUCUUUCAUUGUAGUAGUUUUGCCCUGCCUAAUUGAGUCUUGUGGUGAGGCUCUGCAGUGGAGAGAAGCUGAUAGGGCACUGCACAGGCAGUGCAAAAAAAGUUUUGUUCUAGUCAGGGUGAGGGGUGAAUGGGUGGUCAACUGCCACUUUUCUGACUCUUUUUUUUAAUUACAAUUUGCUAUUCCAAAAGUAAGUUUUCUAAGAUAUAUCAUCUAAUUUUGGCAACUCGGAAUUGGCAUUGCAAAAAUGCCUGAUAUUGCCUAGCCUUUAGGCCAUGCUAUAUUGUAGCGUUUUUUUCAUGUCCGCACAGUCUUGGCAGCAUUUUUCCUGCUGCUCUCGCUUUCUAUAUGGCCUUCCCAAAUUUUUUAAUUACCAAAACUUCUCCAAGCUGCAUAAGCUAAAUUCUGCCGGCUUGGGGAAAAAUAGAUUUGUCGAAGUGUUUCAGAAGAACCUACAUUUUUCGGGCACAGGUCUCUUCAUAGCAGAAAUAUUUGAGUAGGCUUGCAUUGGCGAGUACCUUUUUAAGCAUGUCUAGUGCACCUGAAAGCUACAAUCAGAACACUAUACACUAGAAUCCACAGUAGUGGUUAUAUCCCAGGAGCCUCCUAGCAUUGUUCUUCCAGUAAUAAGUCAAACCACUUGUGAAAAGCUUGACAAUUACCAGAGUUGAUCCCGGUACGAGAUUACUAGUAUGUAUAAUUAAAGUGGAUGGUCUCCUUCUCUUAUGCAGCUUUAAAAAUUACCUAGAUAUGUACUGUUAACACCUUUUCAGGGGCUGGCACCAGGCUAUAGAAUAAUGUUCACAUUCUGGUGGCAUUUAGUAUUAAAAAAAUAAAGAUUACCAGAAACUAUAAACCAAGUAAGGCUUCAACGAUAAAUGUAUCCUUCCUAAACCUCUUGAUCACAUUGAUAUUACAGUAUCACAUAUACUGUGUAUUACACAUUAAUAUUAGAUUUGUUGCUAUUUUUCUAAAACUUUUUCCACUCACUUAUAAUUUUCCUCCAGGUGAUUCCUGAAUAAAAUUAACUUGGUAGUACUUGUUUGAGUGGAGAUUUUUUAUGUAAAGUAAAAGGGUUAGACUCUAAAACAGAUUAACAAUGAUACUGGGAAAUUUGGUUGUGUUGAAUUCUAUGAAGUUCGUAAGAUAAUACUGAAAUUGUAGAUUACAUUUUAUUGGAAUUGUCUGAAAACACUGGCUAAAAAUGGCAAACCGUUUAUAUUGCAGUUUGAUUAUUUUGGUCUAAAAUGUGUUGCUCAUUUUGAAUUCCAGACCAUUCUUACUUUAGUGAAUAAUGCAGUAUUUUAUUUCUUCACCUUUUCAUAUAAUGAAUUCUUUUUUUUUUCUCUUCUCCAUAUUCCUCUUUCCUACUUUUAAUGACACGUUUCUCUUCUUUUACAAAUUCUCAGGAAGAAGCCCCCCAUACAAUAUGUGCGAUGUGAGAUGGAGGGAUGUGGCACAGUCCUGGCCCACCCAAGAUACCUACAGGUAUUUUUUCCUAAAAAUACUUACAGCUAUUGGAUGUGUCCCCAGUGCUACAUAGUAAUUAAGAAAAUGUAACCAUUUUUUUUUUUUUUUUUUCUUAGCAUCAUAUUAAGUAUCAACAUCUUUUAAAGAAGAAGUACGUGUGUCCACAUCCCUCUUGUGGAAGGCUGUUUCGCUUGCAGAAGCAACUGCUCCGUCAUGCAAAGCACCACACAGGUACUUAGGUGUUUUCAAAUUGUAUCAUAGAAUGAUAAAUAUGGUAACUGUUCAUUGAUCUCCAAAGUGUAGCAACUUGGAAUCCAAAUAGGUGAUCUGGAAAACCGUUCCAACUCUGCUAUAGUCAAAUUUUCAACAUUGUAGCCUCAGUAUUGCCAUACAAGUGUUGGUUUGCACAAUUUGGAGUUGAAUAAUCCCAUGUUUUGUUUUGUCACAUGGUUGUUUUUCUUUUCUUUAUGGCAUUCAAUUUUUUAUUAUUGUUGUCCUCCUUUGUGUUUGUCUGGUAAUGAAAUUACCGUUAAAUUAUAUAAUAUUCAAGCAUUGACCAGGCUAUGGUGCCAAAAAGAGGGAUUUAUUCAAAUUGUUGUGUUAUCUGUAGUCUUUAGACUAGCAUUUGUAAAUCUUCACAUGCAAAAUUUCUUUGUAUUAGUUUUACUGCGUUUCCGUUUCUGUGACACGUAUUACAAUUUCACUUGAUUUUAAUUUUCAGACCAGCGGGAUUAUAUUUGUGAAUACUGCGCUAGAGCAUUUAAAAGCUCCCACAACUUAGCAGUCCAUCGCAUGAUCCAUACUGGAGAGAAACCCUUACAGUGAGUCUCAGAUUUUGUUUACUUUUUUGUAUACCAUACUCCCUUAUCACCCCUGCCAAAAUACAUUUGCACUUCUUAUGCUGACUUACUGUACUCAUCAUUGCCUUCUCUCUGUUCAUCCUACAGAUGUGAGUUCUGUGGUUUCACCUGCAGACAGAAAGCUUCCCUGAAUUGGCACAUGAAGAAACAUGACGCUGACUCUUUCUACCAAUUCUCCUGCAGUAUCUGUGGGAAGAAAUUUGAGAAGAAGGACAGUGUUGUGGCCCACAAGGCAAAGAGCCACCCUGAGGUUCUUAUUGCAGAGGCCCUAGCUGCCAAUGCUGGAGCCCUCAUUACCUCCCCUGAACUGCUGGUGCCCGAAACCACGGAGCCGGUGGUUCAAGAGGAGCCUGAGCCUCCACAGCCAUUCUAUCCCAGCACUGGUCCCAAGAUUUUAGUGGCGGUAGAAGGAAUGGGUGCUACCACAGAGGUUCUUAUUGAGGAUUCGGACUCUGCAGGACCUUAAAGAGGGUUUAUGAAUCCCCUCUGCACAGCACCAGAACUGUUUCCUUUUCUCUUUCCCAGCUGGCUGGCUGUCUCAUCUUCCCUGGUCCCUUCUUCCCGACCUACCCCACACUGCAGGAAUUUCCGCUUUCUUUGUCCUUUAUGUAUGAUCUGCACAAACUUAUUUGGACUCUGUUUUCUGCCUUGGGUUUCCUUGCAUUCUUUCAUUGUCCCUGUUCUUUCUUUAAAAUUUAAUUUCUUCUAUUCACUCUACUCUGUUUUUGCUUACAUCUUUGUUUUGUCUUUUUCAGUUUUCCUUUGUUUUAUUUGUCCUGGGCUUCUCCUGUUCUGUCCCUCUCUUGCUCCUUCUUUCUCGGGUGCUGUGUUCUGCACUCUCCACUGUAUAUAAUAUGUUUAAAGAAUAAAAUGAGCUGUUUUGUCUCACAUGGAAGCCCCUCCCCAAUGCAAGGCUGCUAGCAUUCCUUAGAGCUCUGCUUGCUGCCUCUAUGUACUAUGUGAUUUUAUUUAAUUUUUUUUUUCUGCUCACUUUUUAAUUUGUGUUUUAGUUCUUUUCAAAGUAAAAAUAUGCACCUUGGAGUGAUAUUCAGAGAGGGCAUGCAAAUGGCCUUUUUGUAUAUGGAGUAUUUUAUAUUCUUCGUCAUCUGGUUUAUGACACCAGUACCUAGAAUAAUUAUUCUAAAUGUAAACACUUCAUGAAAACUGGUCCCAUGAUUAUUCUGCCUCAUAGUCAUAAUUACAUACACAUCAAUGUCCUACAGAAAAUGCUGUUUAUAUUUUGUGUUUAGGAACCAUAUAUCCCCUUCGUUGUACUAGUAUAUUUCUAGAUCUUGCCUCUUCGUAACCAUGCUGUCCCUGGACUGUGUCUUGCAUGGUUAAUAUUACAUCACUGGUUACUUGGCUUUUAUUUAAAAAAGGAAAAAAGUUGUCCCCCUCCCAAACUUUACACUGCAAUGACCAGUUUUUAUUUAAUCAUUUACAGAUCUUCUAGAAAGCUGCAAUAUUUUCUGCUCUGGCAUAAAAAUCAAAAGCUAACUUAAUCACUUCACACAUCAGUAACUAACUUCAUGUUCUCCUUUUUAAAUCUGAGCAAUAAUUAGAUUUAAAGCACUUGUUUAAAAUAUUAUUGACAGAAAUGAGGUUUGUGUCCCUAAUGUCCUUAUAAAAAAGUUUAAGAUUUGUCUUGAUAUCUGACUAGAGGACCUUUAUUGAUUUUGAUAUAUUAGAAAAAUAUAAGGAAGGGUUCCCGCCAAUGUAUUGUUUUUUUUUUUAAUUUGAAGCUUUUAUCCUGGUCAACCCAUUUUGUGUACAUUACAAAUCACGUCUUCUGAAUGAUUAAUGCAGUAGGGUGGGUAUAUACAUAUAUGUAUGUAUUAGAAGGAGGUAACUGAAAAGCAAUCUUUGUGAAUUCUGUUUUGGGACAAUUUGAAAUGUAUACAGAAAUUAGUUGGUGGAACCCAGAUUGUUUUAUUUUUGUAUCUAAAUCCCCAUUGGUUUAAAAAGGGACAUCAAAUGUAUCAGACCCUAAACAAAUGCUCAUAUUAGGCUGUUUACUGAAGCAGUAUUGUUUUCCUCCAGUGUAGUAGAAAUCCCUCUAAAACUAGGAGUACAAUUAAGUUUUUCAAACUGUAUUUUAGAAUUAAUUACAUUUCAAGUAUGAGUCCCCAAAAUAGUUUCCCAAGAGAAGAAUGGGUUGCCAUUAGUGAUGUCGCAUUCCAGCCAAUCAGCAGCAGACCCUCCCACCUCCUGGACAGCAUUCAUUUUACAUUCAUUGUGAAGCUGCAUUCUUAGUGAGCUGUCCAGGAGGAGGGAGGAUCUGCUGCUGAUCGGCUGGAAUGUGUCUGCUGACUAUGAGGUACAGGGUCAAAGUUUACUCAAUGAUGAGUCCCCGGCGAACCGUUCGGGACAUCACUAGUUGCCAUGUAUGCAAUUUGUCCCUGAUUCAAAAAGUUUAAGAACCACUGAUAUGAAUCCACAUAGCCUGCUUGUUAUAUUUCAAUGGUGUGAACAUUACACCGCAAGAGGUCUGUUUUCUGUCUCUGUUGCAUUAUUCACCCAACCAGGAAUUGCUGAGAAUUGUAAAUUUUAGGACAAAAUAGCCAAGCUUCUCUCUCCCCCCCAUCCCCCUUCUCCUCCAUUUCCAUUAUAUUGACCCAAAAAUCUGUAAAUCUUAAUUUAGUGAACAGUCGUAAGGUGAAUUCACUAAACUAUGUAGGGAGAUUAGCUUUCAAUUCACUGAUCGUAAAUACAUAAAAUCUUUGUGUUGGUGGGGUCUGAGAAGAAAGAGUGUUUCCAUGUGUUGAUUGAGUGGAAAGUGGGUUCAAGGGAAUCUAUUGGUCACACACACAUGGACAUUAUAGAAGCAGCUACCAUGUAUAAUGUUCUGAGAUCACUCUUUGAGUUAAUCACUGAAGUGAAAUUGAUUUCAAAGUAAAUUUUAAAAUGUAUGGCCAAAACUUAAAACUGGGAAAAAUAAUCUACAAAUCAGUUCUGACUAUUUUGGCCUUAACUUUGAAGUUUACUUUUAAUUCUCAGUAAUUAUCAUUUUUGUAAACAGAUUGGCUAUUUAAUACACUUGCCAUUUGGUUUUGAAUUAAGUGCCUAAGCCGUAUACUUAUUCUAACUCACCAAACCACCUGUAACAUCUGGUCUUUCCAGCACAUUAUACACUUGCAUAAUUAUCAAAAGAAGCAGAACUGCCCACUCGUAUAGAUUACUGUGACAAAUACUUUUACUUAUUUAUUUUUUUGUAAAUCCAAAGACCUGUUUUAAAUGAGAAAGCUGUAUUCGGGUCUGGUUAAAAAUAAAAACAAACUGGUUUUCACAGUUAUCAGGUUAACGAGAAGGCUGGUCACUGAGAUUUAUGAGAUUUUGCAGUUCACUUCUGCAGGAAUGUCAGAUUCCUGUGCUUACAGUUACUGUGUGUGGUUUUCCUCUUUAAAAUAUAAUGGCAAUGGUGAUAAAAUGAAUGCCAAAUCAUCCUUCAUUUUUAAAACUUUAAAACUUACCUUUUUUGUGUUCACAGGAACGUAAAGAAAAUGAGGCUCAACCUCUUGGUGUCAGCUAGUUAAAGGGGCACUCUGGGCAUCAAUAAUUUAAUACAUUUAUAUAUUUGGGCAUUAUUAAUAUGCUGGUUUGUUUUUUUUGUUUUGCAUGGUCAAACUUAUCAUUUGUGCACAAUAUAAAUGUUGGUUGCAGACAGAGAAACUGCAAACGGUUAAUGACAUCCUUACAAUAUCAGCGCUUAGCAGAUAUUACCUUAUUAAGCAAAAUAGGGGAAAACAAAGUGUUUCAAUCAAACCAAAAUGUUAGAGUCCCAAUAUCUAUAUAUAAAAAAGGAUAUUUCCAAAUGUUAGGGAAUUGUAGUGGUUUCACAACAUUGGAGUGGAUCCCAACCAGAUCCUGUGCCCUCGGAGGAACGACGACUUGAAAGUGCCGCUGUAUUCACUCCCAAAAUUCAAAUGGAGAUUGCGGCCAGGAUCGAUCUAUGCACUUCGCAGUUAGAUCGGGCCUUCUCGAGAUAGAAUGUCU